AUGGGGGGGAAGUCACAUAUUGGUAGAGUGGGGGUGGGGGGGGGGGAAGAGAGUGAGGGGAUGGGUUGGAUGUGUGGGGUGUGGGGGGUGGGGUUGUGGGGGGGGGUUGGUUGGAUUUUGGGGAUAGGGUUUGUGGUGGAAUGGGGGGGGGGGGGUGAGUGGGUGGGGGGGGGGUUGGAGAAAUUUUAUAUGUUUGUUAGGGGGGUGAUUGGAUUUGUUGGGGGUUUGGGGGGGGUGGUGGGGGGAGGGGGGGGGGUUUGUUUAGGGGGUGUGGGUUGGGGGUGGUGUGAGGGGGGGUUUUGGUUUAUUGUUAUUGGGGGGGGGUGGGUGUUGUUAAGGUUUGUGAUUUGGGAUGAGUUGGAGGUGAUGGGGGGGGGUAUUGGGGGGGGGGAUUGGUGUAUAUGGGGGGGGGUUGGUUGGAUAUUUAGUGAAGGAUGGGGAUGGUGGGGGGUGGUUGGGAGGUGGGGUGGGGGGGGGGGGUUUGGUUUUGGUUUUUGGGGUGAGGAUGAUAGGGAGAAGAUCAGAAGUUAG